AUGGACAUAAAGCUGGACCCUUCCCGGGAUGACCUGCCUCUCAUGGCCAACACCAGCCACAUACUCGUGAAGCACUAUGUACUGGAUUUAGAUGUGGAUUUCGAAAGUCAAAUCAUUGAGGGCACCAUAGUGCUUUUCUUUGAGCCUGGGGACAGAUUCGAGAAACAGAGUGGUUCCACCAAAGACACCUGCCGAUCAGAGUCAAACGAAGCCUGCAGUUUUAGGAUGCCUGCACCCUGCCAGAGUCCUGUGACAGAUACAAGGACCUUCUCAUCUAAAACAGGAUAUAAUGAUUUUGCAAUCUGUGGUAAAGGUGAAAAAGAUACUUCUGGUAAAGAUGGUAACCAUGACAACCCGGAACAGGCUUCUGGGAUUUCUAGCUCAAAGUACCGCUGUGACACAGGGAAUCAUGGGAGUGAGGAUUUUUUGCUAGUGUUGGACUGCUGUGAUUUAUCCGUGUUGAAGGUAGAGGAGGUGGAUGUUGCUGCUGUGCCAGGUAUUGACAAAUUUACAAGGUCUCCCAAGCUCACAGUUGUUUCUGAGGAGCUCAGGAAUCAGAUUGUACAUGAACUUGUCACUCUGCCUGCAGGGCGUUGGCGGGAGCAGUUAGACUAUUAUGCUGGCUGCAGCCAGGCUCCUGGCUGUGGGGAGCUCCUGUUUGACACUGACACUUGGAGCUUACAGAUCAGGAAGACAGGGGCUCAGACAGCUACUGACUUUCCUCACGCCAUAAGGAUAUGGUACAGCACCAAACCCCAGGGGCGAUCCGUUACAUGGACCUCAGACCAGAGCGGCAGGCCAUGUGUUUAUACUAUGGGAUCUCCCAUAAACAACAGGGCCCUUUUUCCAUGCCAGGAGCCACCCGUUGCCAUGUCAACAUGGCAGGCUACAGUUCGAGCAGCUGCAUCUUUUGUUGUUUUAAUGAGUGGGGAAAAUUCUGCCAAGCCAACACAGCUUCGGGAAGGGUGCGCAAGCUGGCAUUACUAUGUAACCAUGCCGAUGCCAGCCUCCACCUUCACGAUCGCAGUGGGCUCCUGGACAGAAAUGAAGCCAGAGCCCUGCUUGUUGAAGGAUCUGGCAGCAGAGAGAGCCCUCUCACCUUCCGAGGCUGACUUCAGGUAUGUUGGCGUUUGUGGUCACAUGGAAUACCCCUGCCGCUUCCAGAAUCCUUCCGCUACCGCCCAGGAAAUUGUUCCUCAUCGGGUCUUUGCCCCAGUGUGCCUCCAGGGUGCCUGUCAAGAGACCCUUCUGCAGCUGGUCCCCCCGUGCCUCUCAGCAGCACACGCCAUCCUGGGAACACACCCGUUCUCCAGGCUGGACAUCCUCAUUGUUCCUGCCAACUUCCCGAGUCUGGGGAUGGCCAGCCCACACAUCAUCUUCCUCUCUCAGAGCGUCUUGACAGGAGCGAGCCAUCUCUGUGGGACCCGGCUCUGCCAUGAAAUUGCUCACGCCUGGUUUGGCCUAGCCAUCGGGGCCCGGGACUGGACGGAGGAGUGGCUGAGUGAAGGGUUCGCCACUCACUUGGAAGACGUGUUCUGGGCUGAAGCGCAGCAGCUGGCCCCCCACGAGGCCCAGGAGCAGCAGGAGCUGAAGGCUUGUCUGCGCUGGUGUCGCCUCCAGGACGAGGUGCGGAACUCCCCCGAGGAGAUGCAGGUGUUGAGACCCAAUAAAGAGAAGACUGGCCACGUGAGUGACUCAGGAUCAUCUGUCAUCAAACAUGGGCUCAAUCCCGAGAAGGUCUUCAUGCAGGUUCAUUAUUUAAAGGGCUAUUUCCUUCUCCGGUUCCUUGCCCAAAGACUUGGAGAUGACACCUAUUUUGCAUUUUUAAGAAAAUUUGUGCACACAUUUCAUGGGCAGUUGAUUCUUUCCCAGGAUUUCCUUCAAAUGCUGUUGGAGAAUAUCCCAGAAGAAAAUAGGCUUGAGUUGUCUAUGGAAAACAUCUUCCGAGACUGGCUUGAGAGUUCUGGAAUACCACAGCCGCUGCAGAGGGAGCGCCAGGCCGGGGCGGAGUGCGGGCUCGCGCGGCAAGUGAGCGCCGAGGUCGAGAAAUGGAUUCGAGUGAACCGGAGACCCCGAAAACGGAAACGAAGGGAGGCUGAAGAAGUGUUUGAAAAGCUCCUUCCAGACCAGCUUGUCUUGCUUCUGGAGCAUCUCUUGGAGCAGAAGACUCUGAACCCCCGAACUCUGCAAAGCCUCGAGAGGACAUACCACCUCCCCCAACAGGAUGCAGAGGUUCGCCAUCGAUGGUGCGAGCUCAUUGUUAAGCACAGAUACACAAGAGCCUACAAAGACGUGGAGAGAUUCCUCCAGGAGGAUCAGGCCAUGGGCGUGUACCUGUACGGGGAGCUGAUGCUGAGCGAGGACCCCAGGCAGCAGCAGGUCGCCCGCCAGUGCUUUGAGCUGACCAAGGAGCAGAUGGAGAGAUCCUCAGCUGAGGUGGUGGCCGAGAUGUUAUUCUGAAGAGGGAAGAUCUCAGCGAGAUUCUUUCUCAUGCAUCUACGCCUAGCCCUGGUGGGACCAGGAUCGCAUUGACCCUCGACAUCGCAGGAAGGGUCAUGGGGCUGCUAAAGCCAUCAGCCAGCAGCAUCCAUGCCUUGGUGCUUCUCUUUCCCGAGGCUGCUCUCCCUGGAGCUCAUGGACCGCAUGGUGCCUUUGUCCCCUGCCCUGAACUUGCCACCUCAAGAUCAGUCUGCGUUGGAUCUCUUCCAUGAGGCGAAGGCGCUUCUUUCGCACAAAUGAUGAAAGCUGCCUGAGAUGCAUUGGAAAAGCUGCUGAACAUUUUGCAUUGAUCCCCUCAGCAUAUGGCUGCACUGGAGAUUUCUAGAAUUCCAGGAAGUCACAGCUUCUGUAUCCUGGGACCAGUGGAGUUCUUCUCUAGAUCAUUUCAGAAAGAUUCUGCAGGGUUAUUUUGAUUGCUAGGUUUGUUGUUUAAAUUUGUCCAAGAUGUUAAUACCCUUGGUAAAGGGGCAGGGUGAGAAUCCAAGACAUAUUCAUAAUAAAACAGUGGAUUACUAUUUUUGUAUUCCUGUGUGCUUCUGAAUUUAGUAAUGUUUUUAAAAAAGAAAAACGGUGUUACCCGAGGGGUAUUCUCUGCAAGCUGGCCCCGCCCCUCUCCCGCCCACCGGCCCCCUCGUGGCUCUCCCCACGCUCGGAGACCAGGCUGCAGGCGCCGUGCGGGCCGAGCCCGCCUCCAGGGCCGAGUGCACCCCGCUCUG